AUGCCUUCGCGCACACGCCAAGGUCCAACUGAUGAGGUAGAUGACGAGACAGGCCUUCGUAGCCUGUCCUUCAAUCAACCACUCUCAUGGCGCGCGGGUCGCUCCGCGAUUCCAAUCGCAGAUCUGCUGGAACGUCUACAGUCCCUCGCCCAGGAACUUCGCAAGCUUGAACAGGAAGAAAUCGACAAGGACUCUUUGACCAAGGUCUCCCGGGAGCUUGCCGACAGCCAUCUUCUCGCCCACAAAGAUCGCGGUGUCAGGGCAUGGGCAACCUGUUGCAUCGUUGAUGUGUUGCGACUUUGCGCGCCGGAUGCACCUUUUACAAGAAAUCAGCUCAAGGACAUCUUUACCUGUGUGGUUUCUUCCAUCAUCCCCGCACUGGCCGAUCCAUCAAAUGCCUACAAUGCGCAACAUAUUUACGUCCUCGGAUCGCUAGCCGAGGUGAAGAGCGUUGUGCUCAUGACAGAUCUCGAUCAUCCCGACUCGCUGAUUGUUCCUCUCUUCACCACCUGUUUCGACAUUGUCUCUGGGUCCUCCAAGGCCUCCACGGGCGAGGAGGUCGCCAAGGGCGUAGAGUUCGAUAUGACACGGCUUCUUGUGACAGUCAUUGACGAAACUCCCGUCUUGGCUGCAGAGGUAGUGGACACCAUCGUGGCUCAAUUUUUGCGUGUUGACCCUCGUGUCCUGGACAACUCGAAGAAGGGCAAGCGGGUCGAGACCCCUUUCGAUGCCAAGCAGGAUACCCUCUUGCUGAAGGACUAUCCACCCGCAUACAAUAUGGCCAAAGCAAUCUGCCAGGCAUGUCCCGAGCGAAUGACAAGCCACAUCAGCCAGUAUUUCAACAAUGUCAUUAUCGACGCAUCCGUCCCGGCAAACCACACGAACGGGGCCAAAAAUGGUUCCCGCAAGCCGAACCUCGACGAUUCAGAUGACGAGGCCGAAGAUAUCAAGGAAUUGAGCAAGGCGCAUCGUCUGAUUCGGGAAUUGUGGCGGGCGUGUCCGGAGGUCUUGCAGAACGUAAUUCCCCAGGUAGAGGCUGAGCUGUCCGCGGAAUCCGUUGCAUUGCGAUUGCUUGCAACCCAAACGAUUGGCGAUCUUGCUGCAGGCAUCGGAGUCGCAGGACCGCCACCACCCCCUGCGAUGGAUCCCGCUGCCUAUCCGCCUGUGACUUUGCAGGAAUUGUCACAGAUGGUGACUCAGACCAACGUCCUCCUCACGCCGGUUUCUCCCAAACCAUUUGCGCAGGUGCAUGGCUCGGCGUAUGGGGCUUUCCUGAGUCGAAGACUGGACAAGAACCCCUCGGUGCGCGCUGCAUGGGCAACUGUAGUCGGUCGGAUCCUGUUGACUUCGGCAGGUGGAUCUGGCCUCAGUGAACAAGAGGAGCAAUCACUGGUUAACAAUCUCACCAGUAUGCUCCGUGAUGCAGAUGAGAAGGUUCGUAUCGCCGCCGUGGAUACCGUCGGUCACUUUGGCCUUUCCGAUGUCGUUCACAAACUCGGGACGAAAGGCGGCUGUUCGUCGGAGGGCUCUGUUCUUGCAAUCCUUGCAGAACGAGUCAAAGAUCGCAAGCCUCAGGUCCGUGAGCGCGCAAUGAAGAUUCUCGCUCGAAUGUGGGCAGUGGCUGCUGGUGAGAUCGAACAAAACACCGAACCUGCUGUUUCACUUUUGAAGGAUGUGCCAACGAGGAUCUUUGAUGCUUUCUACACCAAUGAUCUAGAGAUUCACAUCUUGAUUGAUCGAGUCCUUUUCGAAAUUCUUCUCCCCCUCAACUAUCCCCCGGUCAAGUCAAAGCUUUCUCGGUCCGCCUCAAACCAGUCGCAGAAGCAGAAAGACAAUCAAGUCGCCGACUCAGAGCAAGAGACUGACGUUGAUAAAAUCCGCGUACGUCGAAUUUUGACCUUGCUCCGUGGCCUGGAUGAUAAGGCGCGCAGGGUUUUCUUCGUUAUGAUUGCCCGGCAACUGUCCAUGAGAUCGGCAGUGACCCUGUACCUGGAAGCCUGUGAAAAAUACAAUGGUGGUGUCGUUGACAAGAAUGAAAGUCAAGCGAAAGCUCAGCUAGCACGGGUCAUCGACUCUUUGUCCAAAACCUUCCCAGACGCUUCGCGUGCCUCUGCCGAUCUCUGGAAGUUCGCAAAGGUCCACGAUCGCCGUAGUUACCAGCUUGUGCGCUUUGCUAUGGCAGUUGUGAGCGAUCAUCGCACCGUCAUCAAGGCAAUCCGGGAGUUCCAAAGACGUGCGCAAAGCGCAAACAAUUCGCCUCUUCUUGAAACAAUGACAGCCCUCCUUUACCGUUCUGCCUCGCUCAUUUUCAAUCGGAGCCACAUCCCGGCGAUCAUGACUCUGUCUCGCACUGACGAAAACGGGUUGGCCAAUGCCGCCCAGGAGAUGCUUAAGCAGAUUUCAUCUCACAACCCAGAGGUGCUGGAGGCCCAGGUCCAAGAAAUGUGCAAAGAUCUCGAGGCGCAGGCACCGAAGGCAAACUCUCCGGGUGAUCCAAGCACAAAGGAGAUACUCAAGGCUUGCGCUGGGUUUGCCAAGAAGUUGCCUGAUAAGCUUCCCAAGGAGCGCAAAUUCUACCAGGCCCUUAUGAAUUAUGCCUUAUACAGCAGCUCACCUGCUGCUGCCAAACAUGCCGUGUCCAUCCUCAUGGCCACUGCCGAUCGUAAGGAGAUGUAUGCAAAGGAUUUGGUCUCUAAAUGUGUGAAAAAGUGGUCAUAUGGAUCUGAUCACUUCUUGACCCGUCUUGCUGCACUGUCGCAAUUGAACCUUCUUGCACCCAGGGAAGCCGACGAGGAGAGCGACGCCAUCAUCUCGAUUGCCAUAAACCAAGUACUCUUGACCAAUCGUGCCCCCGAGGAAGAUUCUGGUUACAGCUGGUCUGAAACCGCAGAUGAGGAGACUGAGGCCAAAGAAUGGGCGCUGAGGAUUAUUGUGAAUCGUCUCCGAGCCAAGGAUGGAUCUGAUGACGACGAGGACUUCCGUGCGCACGCUGAGCCAGUGUAUGACACAUUGAACAAGCUGGUUGCGGGUGAAGGUGAACUCUCGAAGAAAAAAGAUACUCCGGCGACUCAAAAAUCACGUCUUCGUCUGAUUGCGGCCAAGUCGCUCAUCAAGCUGUGUGCGUCUGGGACACUUUGUGAUCAGCUUCUCACUCCUGUCAAUUUCAAUUCUGUCGCUCUCAUGGCGCAAGAUCGACUGCUACCGGUCCGCGGCGCAUUCAUCAACUAUCUGAAAAAGAAGCUGGUACAAAGAAACCACCUGAGUCAUCGGUGGUACAUCAUCCCCUGCUUACUUGCAUUCGAGCCGAGCAGAACCCUCAAGGAUUCUACCCUUAUCUGGCUGCGCUCUCGGGCAUCAUAUUUCGCACAACAGGCUCAAGCAAAUGGGAAAAAGACGGAGCAAGCCAUGGUCAUGGAGUUGAUCUUUUCUCGUCUCUUAUCCUUGCUUGCCUACCACCCGGACUAUCCCUCAGAUGAUCUAGACGAGACCACGAGGCUUGGCGACUUGAGCGACUUUGCGCAGUACAUCGUUUAUUACCUUAUGGCGGUGGCCAACGAACAGAAUCUGUCGUUGAUCUUCCACAUUGCUCAGCGUGUCAAGCAAUUCCGCGAUGGCAUCACCAAAUCUGACGAGAUUUCUACCCGCCUUCACACGCUGUCUGACCUUGCUCAAGCGACGAUCCGCCGAUUUGCUGACAUUUACUCGCACCAGCACAAGUUUGGAGGGGCUAGUGGUGGAGCAGCAAAUCUGCUCCAGACAUAUCCUGGAAAGAUGGGCGUCCCUAGCUCUCUUUUCGUGUCAAUGAACAGCCAUCGUGAAGCUCAAGACGUCGCAGAUAAGAACUUCCUUCCUGAUGAAAUUGAUGACAUGCUUGACCGUGUGGUCCGUGUUGCCAUGAAGCCAAGGAACACUUCUCACGGUGCGCAUAGCGGCUCCGCCAAGAAGCGAAAGACCGAGCCUGCCGAUGGAAACGGUACACCGUCAGCGUCCAAAAGGGCUCGGAAAGAAAAAGGCACACGGUCUUCUCGCAAGUCGACUUCUUCUGUCGGCGUCGCUUCUAAAUCUUCGCGUCGCAAGCGUGGGGAGGACGAUGAAUGGCCGUCAGAUGCCGGCCCUGAAGAGGAUCUGCCUCAAUCUACCUCACAUCGUCGGCGGAGUAGCCGUGGCGUAGUCAAGCAGGGAGUCAGUUAUGCCGACCAGGAUAGUGAUGAGGAUGACGAAGAGAUGCAGAAAUGGGAACAGGCUCAAACUGCCGAAAACGAUGAUAACGAAGAUCAGGCCAACGAGGACGACGAGGAAGAUCAGGAGGAGGAUGAAGAAGAAGAAGCUGCAGAUUCUGAUGAAGAGAUGCAAGAAGAAAAGAACGAGGAGGUCGAAGAAGUCUCCAAGAAUGGCGACGAAUCGAGUGAGAAGGCAAACUCACCUCCAGUUCCACCAAAGCGCGGCCGAGGGAGACCCAAGUCUACCGCGUCUGGAUCGAAACCCAACAGUCGUGUCAAGCAACCAACUACAACUUCAUUGCCAACGCGUCGGUCCUCUCGCCGAGGAUAA